AUGGCGCCAUCAAUUUAUUCCGAGUUCAUCAACCACGACCUUUCCGUUUCUUUGGACUCGACCAAUGCCUUCGAGGGUCCAGAGAAGCUGCUUGAGAUAUGGUUUUGCGAGACUGAGACAUCCGUUGGAUCGGUGUUCCGCAACGGAACGCUUCGGGAUCUUCCUUUGGAAGGAGUCGAAGAAAUGCUGGAUCUGGUCAAUUGCAAGAUCCUGUCCAAGAUAGCAACCAAGGACAUGGAUGCGUAUCUGUUGUCCGAGUCAUCCUUGUUUGUUUUUCCUCAUAAAAUGAUUUUGAAAACUUGCGGAACUACCACCACCCUGUUCUGCCUUUCCAAACUUUUGGAAAUGGUGGUGGAAUACUGCGGAUAUAUCCAUGAUAAUUUCAAGUCCAUCUACAAAAUCUUCUACUCGAGAAGAAGCUUCAUGUUCCCGCACAAACAAAAUGAGAUCCACCGCAACUGGAACAAUGAGCUGAAGUGGCUGAGCAAGUAUUUUUCAGCCUCAAAAGCGAAAUCUUACAUUGUCGGCGAUCUGUCCAAAGACCAUUGGUAUCUCUACUUGAACGGGGAGGCUGAUGACAGCAGCUCCUUGCCAAAGGACAGGAAGGAGAUAGGAUAUCCUCUUUCUCCAUGCAUCAGCAAUGGUUCCGGUGCCUCCAAUGACGAAACGUUUGAGCUGCUGAUGACAGAGCUGGACCCUGUGUCCAGCGACAUGUUCCAGCUGUCGAAGCACCAGAAUGAGUGCCCCGAAAUGGACCCUGUCACUCAGGAUUACGGGCAUUUGCUUGGUCAAAAAAUGAUGUCCCGUAGCGGACUGGAUAAGAUCUUCAGUGGUUAUGCGCACAUUAAACAUGAUGCGUAUGCAUUUACCCCAUGCGGAUUCUCGUCUAACAGCAUUCUGGAUAAUAAUUACUAUUAUACUCUCCACAUUACCCCUGAAUCCGGCUGGUCAUAUGCAUCGUUCGAAACCAAUUAUCCAGGUAAAGCCAGAUGCGAGCUGCUCAAAGAGGUGGUGCAGAUCUUGCGUCCGGGCAAGUUCUGUGUGGUCUACGUUGAGGAGCAGGACGGCAAUAAAAAUGAAGGGGUGGCGUCUUUGAAAAGCGCCACCAUUCCGGGCUACAAAAGAGUGGACAAGAUCUUCUACGACCUCAAGUUCCACUACGGUCUACUAUAUUUGUACUUUGAAAAAAUAUAG